AGUUCAUAUGAAUUAACGGUUUACCAACCGAUUGGAUUAUUAUUAUUAUUGUGGAUAAAUUGUGGAGAAAUUAAAGAUCCCAUUGGCUCAAAUGCAUUCAAAAAAAUAUGUCAACUAUAAUAGAAGCAACCAUAUGGGAUUGGCAAAGUCGUAGGUAGAGUUUUUGAAGAAUGCUUUCCAUCUUCUUCUUCAUCCUUCUCUCCCAUGCCUGCUCGGUAAAAUCCCAGCUACCACAGAACAUAUUUAUCCUAGCUGGCCAAAGCAACAUGGCCGGACGAGGUGGUGUUAUUAACGACACUAAAACCAACACCCUUAUCUGGGACGGCGUCGUUCCGGCCCAGUGCCAGCCAAACCCAUCGAUCCUCCGUCUUAAUGCCAAACUCACUUGGGUUCAAGCCCAUGAACCACUUCAUGCCGACUUUGAUGUUGCCAAAACCAAUGGAGUUGGACCAGGGAUGCCCUUUGCCAAUGCGAUUUUGACCAAGCGCCAGAGCUUUGGAGUGAUUGGUCUGGUUCCUUGCGCCAUUGGUGGAACUAAUAUUUCUGAGUGGAGAAAAGGGAGCUUUCAUUACGAGCAGAUGGUAAGGAGAACUCGGGUGGCUUUACAGAGUGGUGGAAUUAUCAGAGCACUUCUUUGGUAUCAGGGAGAGUCUGAUACGAUCACUCUUGAAGAUGCAGAAUCGUACAAAGGGAGACUGGAGAAAUUCUUCAUGGAUUUACGUUCAGAUCUGCAGGAUCCUAUGCUACCAAUAAUCCAGGUGGCACUUGCUUCUGGAGAAGGAACUUUCGUAGACAUAGUAAGAGAAGCCCAAUUAGGAAGCGAUCUCCCAAACGUGGAAUGCGUAGACGCCAAGGGACUACCGCUGGAGCCUGAUGGACUUCACCUCUCUACUCCUUCCCAGGUCCGUCUUGGUGAAAUGUUGGCUGAUGCCUUCCCAGAGUCAAUUCUGAGCCCCACCAAAGCCAGUGGUAUCACCGGUAAUGCUCCAACAAUGUUUGCUAGUUACAUUUCUUACUUUCUUUUGAUUCAAUUGCUCAUUUCUCUAUCAAUUAUUUUAACCUUAACGAUUAAUUUUCCAUAGCAAAGUAUCAUUGUGGUAAAAGUAAGAGACAAAUAUUUUAUAAUUUUAUUUUUUGGUCAUGUUUUGCUAGUUGAAUUUUGUCAUCUUCUAUUGCUUCUCUUAUGAAGUGAUACUUGAUUGUCAACAUCUUCAAAAUUUAUUCAAAGCCAAAUUACUUGAGAA